UAUGCCCGGCUUCGACUACAAGUUCCUGGAGAAGCCCAAGAGACGCUUCCAGUGUCCGCUGUGCAGCAAGGCGAUGCGGGAGCCGGUCCAAGUGUCGACCUGUGGACACCGCUUCUGUGACACCUGUCUGCAAGAAUUCCUAAGUGAGGGCGUCUUCAAGUGUCCAGAAGACCAGCUGCCUUUGGACUACGCUAAGAUCUACCCAGACCCCGAGUUGGAGCAGCAGAUCUUGGCGCUCCCCAUCCGCUGCAUCCACAGCGAGGAGGGCUGUCGCUGGACUGGACAGAUGAAGCAGCUGCAGAGCCACUUCUCAACCUGCGCCUUCAACGUCAUCCCCUGUCCCAACCGCUGCGCUGUCAAGCUGACGCGCCGCGACCUGCCCGACCACCUGCAGCACGACUGCCCCAAGCGCAAAGUCAAGUGCGAGUUCUGCGGCAGCGAGUUCACCGGCGAGGCUUACGAGAACCACCAGGGCGUGUGUCCCCAGGAGAGCGUUUACUGCGAGAACAAAUGUGGGGCGAGGAUGAUGCGUCGUCUGCUGACCCAGCACAGCGUGGCGGAGUGUCCCAAACGCACGCAGCCAUGCAAGUACUGCGGCAAGGAGUUCGUCUUCGACACCAUCCAGAAUCACCAGUACCACUGCCCCCGGUUCCCUGUUCAAUGCCCAAACCAGUGCGGGACUCCCAACAUCGCCCGGGAAGACCUGGCUAACCACGUGAAGGACAACUGCGGCAGCGCGUUGGUUCUUUGUCCCUUCAAAGAUGCCGGCUGCAAACACAGAUGCCCCAAACUGGCCAUCGGGCGUCACCUGGAGGACACCACCAAGUCUCACCUGACCAUGAUGUGCAACCUGGUGGGGCGUCAGCGGCAGGAGAUCCUGGAGCUGCGGCGGGAGAUGGAGGAGCUCUCUGUCAGCCACGACGGCGUCCUCAUCUGGAAGCUCAGCGACUACUCGCGCAAGCUCCAAGAGGCCAAGCUGCGGAGCAACCAUGAGUUCUUCAGCCCACCCUUCUACACGCACCGCUACGGCUACAAACUGCAGGUGUCGGCAUUCCUGAACGGCAACGGCAGCGGCGAGGGCUCCCACCUGUCCGUCUACAUCCGCGUGCUGCCUGGCGAGUACGACAACCUGCUGGAGUGGCCCUUCUCCUACAAGGUGACUUUCUCCAUCCUGGACCAGAGCGACCCGUCGCUGUCAAAACCGCAGCACAUCACCGAGACCUUCAACCCCGACCCCAACUGGAAGAACUUCCAGAAGCCCUGCAGCACCCGCAACUCGCUGGACGAGAGCACCCUGGGCUUCGGCUACCCCAAGUUCAUCUCCCACGAGGAGAUCAAGAAGAGGAACUACGUCCGUGACAACUGCGUUUUCAUCAAGGCUUCCAUAGAGAUUCCCCAGAAGAUCAUGGCUUGAGAUGUUCCUGAAGGAAACUCUUCAACAACCCUUUAGAUACUUCCUACCUGAGUGUCUCACUAGACCUCCAUGUAUGACAGGGGAGAACAUGUUUGGUCCUCCAAACCCUCACGCAGUCCGCAAGAAAACGCCUUGGAAAUCAAACAGUGCCUAGAGUUUAAAAAGUCAAAUAUUUGUUUUGUUUCUCAUCUCCUGCACAAAUGUGUCGGGAAAGAUGAUAUGGACCAGGGAGGUUCUGCACUUGGAGAAACCUUGGAUGGAACUAAAGAAGGGUGGGCAGCAGAACUGAAGUCCAACUGCCUUCUGUUUACAUGCUCUUAUCCCACCAGACUGAACACACUGCAGGUGCAGCUUGAUCCAUUUUUCACCCUUUAUGCAAAACUAAACACGAUGCAGACUUCAGGAGAACUGCUCUUAUCGCCAGAACCUGGACAACCUCCAGACACCUGGACCACCUCCAGACACAUCCUUGUGUUAUCCCCUACCAAGUGUUGCGUCUAUUGUAGAGUCCAUUAGUGGUCCAUGGUUCCUUUUCCCUGCUUGGUGCGAUUCAUUUGGUCAGAAUUUGGGAUUAGGACCAAAUCAACCGGUUGUUGGGAGAAAGUCAUGCUGAGCUAACGAAUCUGGACCUGUAGACUUAGACUUGGUAUGACCUACCGUAAUUUCCGGGCUAUAGCGCGUACCUAAAUAUAAGACACACCCACCAAAUUUUGUUGUGUACAUAUAUUGGCCGCACAAGUCUACCAGGUGCAGGUGUACACAUUGAAACAUUAAAUAUUUACACAGGUGCUUGAGUUCAUUCAUAAAUUUAGGAAACUACAGUCUGGCCUUUUAAAGCUCGUUAGUGACUUUUCAUUCUGUUCGGCGGCUGUUUACUUUUUUUCGAUGGCUGCAUCGAUUGUGCAUUUUCUUCUCCGUGACGAGGGUGAGUCCAUAACGCGCUAAAUGGCUGACUGAAUGUUUGUGUGAGUGUGUUUGAUUUAAUGUGAACAAUUUUAAUUGGUCUAUCUAAACCAGUUCGGCAAUUUCAUUGUUCUGAUGUAACAAUGCAACAUGUAUUGGAGGCAUGUGAAGCCCAUUAACACGGGGAAAAGAAAAAAAAUAGCUGCAUUAUUGUAGAACGCGCAUGGAUCAAACGUGGGGGAAAAAUUGUCUGGAAAUUAUGGUAGUUGGUGUGGCUUGUUUAUAACCGAGACCAGGCACAACCUUGUGUCAUGUUUUUGUUUCAAAUGAACUCUGCCAAAACUUUACAUAAAUUCUCUCCAAGCCGCAAAAGAACAAAUCCGCUAAAAAAAAGAUUGACGUACUGAAAGUUUAGCGAUUAGCAUGUGGUCCUCUAAUGUAGCCUGCCCCAUUGUCACCACACCUUCUUCCUGUUUACAUUCUUGCGACCAAUCAGAGAAGAGAGCGAGCUCACCUGUUCUGUUGUGACGAGUUGGCGUUUUCAUCCCCAUUAAAAAGGAACCGGGCCACGGGACCAGGGCAAGUAGGCAAAGUGUGACCUGUUGGAUCAAACAUGCAUUUAAUAAAAGAGAAGGAGAAGCCAUGUGGCCUUUUUAUAAAGUCUGAUCUUGCAUGAGAGUUGGGGGGCAAACACAUGCAUGCUUCAUGUGCUAACAUGUGGACCACAUUUUGUACUGUAACCUGUUCUCUUGAAGCCCCCACCCCUACCUUGAAUAUUUUAUCCACCCCCUUUUUUGAGAGUUUUAAAAUAGUUUUUUAUUUUUAUUUUACACAAAAUGUGAACGCUAGUGUGGCUCUUCUAAGCCGUUGAGUAAGACAACGUGUUGACCGUGUAUUGUUUUACAGACAGCUAAUGGUCUCUGCAAGUAUGUGUUACCAUGUUACAGCGCCGCCUAAUGGGCGGAGGACUAUAAUGUACAGUACACUUACCAUUGAUGUGAAUACUAAUGUCAAAAAAACAAAAAAACAAUACAGAAGCACAUUCUGUCCUUUUCUUACUGUUCAUAGAAACUCCCUGAUUCCUUCUCAUAAUACCAGCUGAUAUUUUACACUCAUUUGAGGAAGUGAUGAGAUUUUUUUGUACAAUUGUGUAUUUUUUAAAAAACAAAACAAAAUACUUUGCUGUUUUUUUCUUUUUUACCAAUGCUUUCAAGUUGGAAAUUUGGGGUUGACUUGGGGAUUGAUCUCAGCCGUGUCGAGAUUCUGUUUGUCCGUGUGUCUCACGUGUCUGUAUUAUUUCCUCUUUGAAAACAUAAAAAAAAAGUAUUUAUUUUUAAAGGAGCCGUCGCGAGUUCACACAGAUGGCACCAACAUUUUAAUGUAUUGUUUGAUGAGUGCUUGUUCAUUUUUUGAUUAAAAUAAAAUACCAUAU